AUGGCCUCCAUCGCUCGCGCUCUGCGCCCCUUGUCACGUCCCCUUCCUACCCGCCUGGUGACAUCUGCCCACAUCGCCCGCUCCACCGUACCGAGCUCCUAUGCAUUUUCGACCACCCCUCGCAGGCGAGAGGCUGACCUCUCCAGCCUCACCCCCACCCCCAUCACCCUCCUCUCCGACACCGAAUCCAUGAUGGCCGACGCCGUCCAGAAGUUUGCCACAGAGCAGAUUGGCCCUAAGGUCCGCGACAUGGAUGAGGCUGAGACCAUGGACCCCACCGUGGUGGAACAACUCUUCGAGCAGGGCCUGAUGGGUAUCGAGAUCCCCGAGGAGUACGGUGGUGCCGGUAUGAACUUCACCUCCGCCAUUGUCGCCAUUGAGGAACUCGCCCGCAUCGACCCUAGCGUUAGUGUUAUGGUCGAUGUCCACAACACCUUGGUCAACACCGUCAUCAUGAAGUAUGGUGACGCCCAGGCCCAACGCACCUGGCUCCCCAAGCUGAGCUCCGGCACUGUCGGCUCAUUCUGUCUCUCUGAACCCGCCUCGGGAUCCGAUGCCUUUGCCCUACAGACCAAGGCCGAGAAGACCGCCGACGGAUAUAAGAUCAAUGGCUCCAAGAUGUGGAUCACCAACGCCAUGGAGUCUGGUUUCUUCAUCGUGUUCGCCAACCUGAACCCCAGUGCCGGCUACAAGGGUAUCACCGCUUUUAUCGUCGAGAAGGACACCCCCGGUUUCUCUAUUGCCAAGAAGGAGAAGAAGCUCGGUAUUCGCGCCAGCAGUACCUGCGUCCUCAACUUUGACGACGUUGUCAUCCCCAAGGCCAACCUUCUCGGCGAGGAGGGCCAGGGUUACAAGAUUGCCAUCAACAUUCUUAACGAGGACCAAGCUGCUCGCUACGUCUGGAACGACCGCAAGCAAUUCGGCCAACUGAUCGGCGAGUUCCAAGGCAUGCAGCACCAGAUUGCGCAGGCCUACACCGAGAUUGCGGCCGCCCGAGCCCUAGUCUACAACGCUGCCCGUAAGAAGGAGGCCGGACAGGACUUCGUGCAGGACGCCGCCAUGGCCAAGCUGUACGCUUCACAGGUUGCUGGUCGUGUGUCCGGCUCGGCUGUCGAGUGGAUGGGCGGCAUGGGAUUUGUGCGCGAGGGGACUGCGGAGAAGAUGUUCCGUGACAGCAAGAUCGGAGCUAUCUAUGAGGGUACUAGCAACAUCCAAUUGCAGACAAUUGCGAAGACCCUGCAGAAGCAGUAUACCAACUGA